GAAGACGGGUAGACUGCAUUACAUAAAGCACAUGUCAAUUGCUUCGAAGAAGAUCGUGGGAAGAUUGCUCAGGCACUGGUUGAAAGAGGAGCCAAGAUGAUUUCUACGGAAGAUGACCAACAAACACCACUUCACAAGGCUAGUCAUGAGCAAUGCCCGAAAGUGGUAGAGCAACUUCUGAAACUUGAGGAUCCCAUGGUGAAUGAAAUCGACCAAAACGGCUAUACAGCCCUUCAUUAUGCAAGCAGGAACGGGGACGAAGAAACCGUUCGUCUCCUCUUGAAGAAGGGGGCAGACUGCAAAUUGAAAGUCUCUGAGACAGGGCAAAGUGCGUUGGCUCUAUCAGUUUCUACAUUCUCCAGGAUGUCGGACGAAAAGGGACUCUGGCCUAGAAAUGGGACCUUGAAAGAGGGUGGAGAUGAAUACAAAGCUCUUCGGUCAUCUGAAGAAGCAGUAAUGCUGAUAGCAAAUGAAUCCGCCAUCGCCGAGAAACAGCUGGUUAUGAGGCAAUUCAACCAGGAGGAAGAAUUCGAUAUGCUCGCAAAGAUGAUGGAAAUGGCAGAUACUGAGAAAGAGGAGAGCAAGCUUAUCUGGUAUGCGUCAAAGCACGAACAUCAUGACAAAUUACACAAGGUGUUGUCUCGCCAGGGCCUCCCGUCAAGCAGCCAUAACCAAGAAUACUCUGUCUUGCAAGUCGCCGCGUAUCACGGAAAGCAUGCCGUUGUUUGGUGGCUGCUCAAAACCACGCCAGAUAGCCAAAAAGCUAGAAAUGACCGAAGGAAAGCUAUAGCACUGGCUUGGGAAAGAAAAAGGGAUUUACCAGUGAAUCAGAACGAAAAUGGGUUUGGUUCUUUACAUACCGAGAAAGAACAAAAACAUGUUUUGAUUUCAAAGAAGAUUGAGACUAAAGGCCAAAAUCCUGGAGUGAAAGACCUGCCAAAUAGAAGCAAGGAGCGCGAAAAUCAUAAGCUUCUAGGUGUCUCGCAAGGUCAACAAAAAUACACUGACUUCCCGCUCACGAUAGCCAUGUUGAAAGAUCCCCCUCCAGUCGAGGGCAAGGAAGAUUCAUAUGACCUCAGAUCAAUGCCGCUUUCGAACACAUCAGGGCCUGUAAUCGACAAGUUUGAUGCAACUAUUGUUGAUUUCUAUCAGCGAGAUGGGCGUGUGGAUUUCCUUCGGCGGUCGUACUCUGUCCGAGAUGUGGUUUACAAGGCAGCCAGCUCGGAUAAAGCAGAUACCAACAACGGUGGUCCGGAGCAAAUAAUGGAGCAGGCACGGAAAAUUCUCGCAGAGAUUAGCCCAGACACAGCGAAAGAAAGUAAUUAUUUGCGGGAUAAUUUGCAAAUGAGAUGGAUUCAUCUGCCGGCCAAUAAUAUGAAAUGGAUGGAGGAUCUCACUCAGAGAGUUUACUACGAUAAGAUUGAAAAAAGCUCUUCCUCCCCGCAAAACAGCAACUACUCUUCACUACGUCGCUUUUUGAAGAGAAGCUGGCAUGAGGUCACAAGCAGCUCUAAACCCUCUAAUUUCAUGAAACCAUCGUGCUCUAGACAAAAGAUUGCCGGUCUGGGAUCUAUCCAAAGAACAGCCGAGGCCGAAAAUCCUACUUCUGAAGACCAGAAAGCAAAGAACACAGGUCAGAUAUUCAGGCGCCGUGGGGGUUUCGAGGCCACUGCUCUUUAUAUUCCAUACCUUACUUUUGGCAAGUGCUAUAGCCUCAAAGACGAGCAAAAGCGCAAGUUGAGCGGUGAAGAGCUCGGUCAUCAACAUACAUACAAGGAGCUCAUUGAUGCAUGUAAGGGGGAUGUUGUUCAUGGCACGAGAUCAUUGUAUCAAUUUUAUUAUUACGCUUUGGAAGAUCUGAGCGAGCGUGAUCAGAACCAAGUAGUGACGCGAGCUCUUGUGGGAGGUCAUAAGGGGAAGGAAAUGACGAAUAGGCCUUGGUGGCCGAUUAUCACAGUCGGCCAGUUGUGGCUCUGGGUCAUUGAUGAAGAGACAAUUAUCACAUGUGCCACUCACAGGAACGAUGGAUUCGAUGAUCCGGUUGUUGGUCCGAUAAUCAAUCAGUUUUAUGGCAACCAAGCACACCCACCUUCUUCGGUGGAUGGGCUGUGCAAGUUUAUUCUGCAAUUCAUUAUCAAUUUCAUUCAUACUGCCACCUGGAGAAAUUCUUCUUUUGAAGAAACCCCAUUUGGUUGGUCGGGGAAUCAUACCUUUGAUUCAAGAACUGCCAAGGAUAUAUUCGCUGAAACGAUCCAAAUGAAGGAGGUCAUAAUGUUGCAAGCCCUGGUUGCCCAACAAGAAUCUGUCUGGACUACACUGCUUAAGAACUCAUCAUUUGAUGAAGAAAACAGCUUUGCCUAUAUCAUGCAGGACUUGAAAGUACUGGGCGAUAGGGCAGACACUGUUCAACGCUUCAUCAAUGAGUUACUCAGUCUCGAGCAAAAUGAGGUCAGCAUCGCUGAGGCAAAUGAAUCAGCCCGACAGGGUAAAGAAUCAGCCCGACAGGGUAAAACUAUCAUGGUGUUCACAGUGGUCACCAUAGUAUUUACCCCGAUGUCUUUCCUUUCGAGUCUUUUUGCCCUCAACGUGUCGACUUUUCAGCAUGACAGCGAAGGCAACUUGGUCUAUCAGCCGGGGUGGAUUUAUCCUAUAAUAUUCUGUGUGUCAAUGGCGAUCACGAUUCCGCUGUUGAUGGUUGCCGUCUACAUUGAGGAGGCCAAGGCAAUCGUCAAAAAUCCAUGGAAAUACCUUUCGGGUGGUGAGACGAGCCUAGCUGGGAAAGAAAAAACUCUCGAGUUGAAAGAAACAGAUGAUUCUAGCUUUACUGCUCGGCGGGAUCGACUCUUCUCCAGAAUGUCCCGACGCUCGUCGAAAGGUAGUAUUGUUUGA